AUGGCAACAAACGACAAAAACGCCCCAGUGGAUCCCUUGAGGGCUGGGCAGCUCUUAGCAAUCAGUGUCAUCGAGCGCGUAGGCUCGGUCUUCUCAUUGUUAGGAUGUCUCUUCAUCAUUGUUACCUUUUCCUUCUCCAGGGCUUUCCACAAACCUAUCAACCGUCUGGUAUUCUAUGCCUCCUUCGGGAACAUGAUGACCAACGUGGGAACACUCAUGGCUAGAGAAUAUAUUGGCAACGUCGACUCAAUCGGAUGUCAACUCCAGGGGUUUCUGAUUCAGAUGUUUUUGCCGGCUGAUGCUUUUUGGACGUUGGCCAUGGCCGUCAAUGUGUACUUGACCUUCUACUUCAAGUUCGACGCUCAGCGCCUCCGCAAAGUGGAGAUUUGGUACUUCUUACUUUGCUACGGAAUACCAUUCAUUCCUGCUCUUACGUACAUCUUCGUCAGUAACAAAGGCCAAGGACGCAUGUACGGAGAUGCGACGCUGUGGUGUUGGGUUAGUUCGACUUGGGACGUUUUCCGCAUUGCUACUUUCUACGGACCUGUCUGGGUUGUGAUUGUUCUCACUUUCUUCAUCUAUCUCCGUGCCGGUGGCGAAAUCUACAAGAGACGAAAGCAGUUGCGAAAUUUUAGCAGCACUACUCACGACCCCGAACCGUUGACAAUGGACGACCCCUUUUCCACCAAGACGACAGAGGUGACGGUUACCACCGAAGAUGCGACGACUAUCGGCGAACAAGGGAUCAAUCUUGGCCCCAUAGGUGGCAGUGGACCAGAGGCAGGCCCUGUGCAACAGCAGUACUCGGUGACCAUCUCGUCAGAUGCUCGCAACAAGCGCGAGUCACAUAGCGAUUUCUCCUUGCCGAUACAGAGCAACGUCAUCAGCCAGGUCCCACCCACUAGGCACGGCAGAGCUCAGAAACGACGAGCCAACUUCGAAGCUAACAAUGCUGCUUGGAGUUACACCAAGUGCGCCAUCCUCUUCUUCACGGCUAUCCUCGUCACAUGGAUUCCGUCUUCAGCCAACCGCGUGUACAGUGUUAUUAAUGCAGGGGCUGUCUCGGUGCCUCUCGAGUUUAUGAGCGCCAUCGUCCUGCCACUACAGGGUUUCUGGAACGCGGUCAUCUACGUCGUCACAUCAUGGAAAGCUUGCAAGAUGUUCUUCACCGAUAUUGGCGACCGCACGAGCUACCGCCACAGUAAUUCGAGGUACACGGCGGAUUUUACCGACAAGAGGCAUACAGCGUUCAAAAUGCCUAGCCGCAUCCCUAACAAAAAUUACGAAAGUGAAUCGAUGACCGAGCUCGCGAAUGACACGCGGCCGAAUUCAAACGAGGACCGAAGCAGGCCGCCGGGCGUCUGA